GAAACUCAGUCAACAUUUAGAACUUGACGACGCGUGAACGUGGUGGAGAAGUAAUUGUGUGUGACGUCGCGUGUUUUGUUGUUUUUCUCUUGGUGGUACCCAAGUCGUCGUGUUUGUCAGAGAAAAAAAACACCGCCAACGCGUCCAAAAAAAAGUGUUAAAGAAAACAAAUUUUAAGCGCACAAAAUAUAAUAUUUAACAAAUUUGUUAAAAAGUUAUUGAUUUAAAAAGCCAAAACAUAUUGUAAAAAAGAAAAAUUUAUGGCAUACCUAUAGAUAAAAACGAAAGAAUUUAAAGAAAACCUAGUUUAAAGUGUUUAAAAGUUCCUAUUAGCAUUAAAAUCUAACUAAACAAAAGAGCAAGUGUAUUGAAGAAGAAAAGCUCAGCAUGCUGGUGCCGUCGGAUAUGAUAGCGGCCCAAUCCAAGAUGGUCUAUCAGAUGAACAAAUACUGUGCUGAUCGCGUGCAGACGCGAAAAGCUCAAAUUCACAAACAAAUACUCGAGGUGUGUCGCAUUGUACAGGAUGUCCUCAAGGAGGUGGAGGUGCAGGAGCCACGCUUCAUUUCCUCCCUCAAUGACUACAAUGGCCGCUUCGAGGGCCUUGAGGUUAUAUCACCUACAGAAUUUGAAAUCAUCAUCUACCUCAAUCAAAUGGGUGUCUUGAAUUUCGUCGAUGAUGGCACCCUGCCCGGUUGUGCUGUGCUUAAGUUGAGCGAUGGCCGCAAACGUUCCAUGUCUUUGUGGGUUGAAUUCAUAACAGCUUCAGGAUAUUUGUCGGCACGCAAAAUACGCUCCCGAUUUCAAACGCUGGUGGCCCAGGCCUGUGAUAAGUGUGCCUAUAGGGAUAUAGUGAAAAUGAUAGCCGAUACCACAGAGGUGAAAUUGCGCAUACGCGAAAGGAUUGUGGUGCAAAUAACGCCUGCAUUCAAAUGUGCCGGUCUGUGGCCGCGCUCUGCCUCACAUUGGCCCAUACCGGGCAUACCAUGGCCGCAUCCCAAUAUAGUGGCUGAAGUUAAGACUGAAGGAUUCGAUAUGCUUUCCAAGGAAUGUGUGGCGUUGCAGGGUAAAAAUUCUGCCAUGGAGGGCGAUGCCUGGGUGUUGAGUUUCACAGAUGCCGAAAAUCGUUUGCUGCAAGGUGCCAGUCGACGACGUUGCCUAAGUAUUUUGAAAACCCUGCGUGAUCGGCACUUGGAUUUGCCCGGCAACCCUGUCACCUCGUAUCACCUAAAGACACUGCUGCUGUACGAGUGUGAGAAACAUCCACGCGAAAUGGAAUGGGAAGAGAAUUGCAUUGCCGAUCGCAUCAAUGGCAUCUUUUUGCAAUUGAUUUCGUGUCUGCAGUGCCGACGUUGUCCCCACUAUUUUUUGCCCAACAUGGAUUUGUUCAAAGGUAAAUCGCCGGGUGCUUUAGAAAAUGCCGCCAAACAAGUUUGGCGCUUAACACGUAUCAUGCUGACCAAUGUGCGAUGUUUGGAGGAACUGUAAGCUAGCCAGCAACAGAUAGUCAGUCUGUUGCGGUUUGAAUUGCCAGCCUAGUUUUGCCGAUGGGACUGCAGACUGAUAUGAGUUGUUUUGCGAAUAAAAAGCAAAUCAACUAUGAGACAAGACAUAAAAGCAGGGGCAACUAACAACAACCGAAAAGAAGUGAAUACAAAGAUUAAUAACACAUGUUAAAAUGUUUAAUUGUAAAAUAGUUAAAACAAAUCACCCAAAAAAAGAAAACGAAACAUUAACUGAUACAUACACAUAUAAUGCUUAUUUAUAAUUUAUUUUUACUUAUGUAUGUAGUUCUGCUAUUAAGUUAAUGUACUGUAUUUUAUACAGUACAUCGUAAUAUUGUAUUUUUACUAUGAGUUUAACUUUAUGUAGCCUUAGUUCUAUGCCUGUCUGACAUUGUUAGCCAUUUAAGUUCUUAAGACAUUUUAGAAACCAGUGAAUAUAGAAACAGUUGAUACCCAGAGCAAAAUAUCUUCUGGGGUUGAUUUCAAAGCAUUUCUUUUUAGAAAAGAGAGGGAGAGAGUUGGUUUCCAAAUAAUUAGUUCAUCUCCAUGUAGAUAACUUUAAAUGGGUUAUGUGGCCGGUACGAAAAACCUUCUUUGGAAGCAGCAGAAGGUUCAUCGGUGGUAGAUAAGGUUUCAGUGGCAAUUGUUAAACAGACUUAUGUUGAUACUUCAAUCCAUUGUGAUACCACAUGAAGAUGCCUUCUGGUUCCUACUGUUAAUCAAACCAUAUUGCUUAUAAGCCCACCGAUUUCAGUUGCCUUGAAAUAUGUAAGGUGUAUAUAGGCCUUGUCCCAGUUCUUCAGAGAGUAGCCCAAAGCCCACAUAGUUGUGCAGUUCAUACUACAUAACAAUCUGGUAUGUACGCACCAUCACUGAGUCGAUAUUGAUUGUAAACAGUUCAAAUAGCAUUUCAUAGGCACCUGCUGCCUUGUUAUUCUUCAUCUGUGUAACUGCUAUUCGAUUACUUCGAGCCUAAAACUUGUUUUUCCCCGAACCGAACUCUCUGCUCUCUUUUUUGCAAACAUUUAUAGUUUUAGUUUAUUCAUAAAAAAACAAUUAUCCUGUACAUGAAAUCCCAAAAAUUAUUAUUUAGAAUAUUUAAAAAAAGAAAACAUUAUUAG